AAUGGCGUUGGUGCAGAAAGCACACUGACACACAUACUCACACACAGAGAGAGCGAGAGAGGGAGAGAGAGAGAGAGAGGGAGAGAGAGAGAGAGAGGGAGAGAGAGAGAGAGAGGGAGAGAGAGAGAGAGAGGGAGAGUGAGAUCGAGAGUUGCGAUGCAAAGUUACGAAUAGCAAUGUUGAUACUGCCCUCGUUCGUCGCACGCCCGCCUUCGCGUCGUGCGAUGUAACGUCACUCGCGGCACCAAUUACCACUUGCGGCAACAAUUAAUACAAUCUCCCCAUCCCCCUUGCACCUCUCUCCACCGCGGUGUGUGUGUGCCACUAGCGCCCUCCUGUGUCGGGGUUGAGUCACCAUUAGCCGCUCUUGCACUCCGCCAGAGGUGGUGGAUACGAAAGUGCCCGUGGUUCAGAAAAGGUUUCUUGUGUGUGUUUUUUUAGAGGCGGGGGAUAGCGGAUGACGGGGCUCAAGGUUGUGGAAGCUGGUGUUAAGGAGGCAGAGUAGCGGAGGUUGGUGUGAGGGGGAGAGAGAGAGAGCGAGAAAGGUUAGUGUUGGUGGAGACCGGGAAUAAAUUCCCACUGGGAGUGGUGCGUGGAGGGGGAGGAUUUUCGUUGCGCGGAUUGAGUUACGGGGAGGCGCCGUGGGGAACGAAGGAAUCUGAUUAGUGAUGGACAAAAAAUUGGUCUAUCCCGAGUUUAUAAUAUGCCUUGUUAUAUUUUAACCUGAUAUUUUCCAAUGUCUGCCGGCGCGCAUUUCGGCAGAAGGUAUGCUGCUAUUUUGGAUGGCGCAAGGCGCGAUCUCUGACUUUCGGGCAACUUUCGCAGGGCAUGUGCUCUGAGCCUUAUGGACAAUAGCGCCUGCGCUUGAGAAGCUGUGUUAGGUUGCCUGUGGAGCUCGUUUCGCUGGUUAUCGUACCAUGGAGCAUGAUGGGCAGAGCUAUGGAGCAUUAAACGUGUAUUUCGAUUCCGUGAUUGGUGUGGAAUUUUGCGGAGUUGAUUAAUAAUUGUUCAUACCUCAUUUUUAGUUGAGAUUGUGCGACUCCCAGAAUCGAAGACGUGGAAUUUGAAUCGUACGUGCGACCUUCUUACGGAUGAGACUCAGCUAUGGUUAAGUGGCGAGGUUGGUCGGGAUCGCACGGGAAGCGCACUCUUUGUCAGGCGGUGGUUGUGGAGACCAGGUCGUUAGAUUGUGUGAAAGCAGAAGGCGCCUAUUUUUGAAGUUCCAUGGGACGAUUAGAGCAUAGCUGCGUUUUGAAAGGGUUUGAAAUCGUAGCGUCUAGUCGGCGGAUCUAUCAAGUCGGAGAGAAAUUGUUUUGAAUGUUAGUCCUGUAGGGCAUUCUCAUGAGAGAGAGACGCAGGUGAGGUGGCGACGUCAGGGCAGUAUGAGAGCGUUCACAGGGUGGGUAGCUCCCUUGUUACUGCUACUGUUGCUCUCUUGCUCAAGUCUAUUGAGCUCCAGUAAUGCUUCCCUACGUCAAACUAAUGCUUCAGACCCCAAUCCUGGGUCGGUCGAGCAAGUAUCCAGAUUUUGUACCGUAGGAGACACUGAAAGUUGUGGGAUGGACUCGCAUACUUGCUCCUCCUAUCUGUUAACACACUGUACAGCAGGGCAUGGGCAGAGUUGUAGGGCUACUACGGAUGGGGAGGAUACCACGGAAGGGAUUGGCCUCGUGAGAACUGUUGGAGAAGUGAACGAUGAGUACAUUGUCAGAUUUAAGGAGUACCGGCACUCGUCAGAGUUUAAACUGGCUCUGGAGCAGAAACUUGAGCACAAUGAUAGGGCUUGGCAAUGGUUGGAGCGCAAUAACCCGGCAUCUGCUUUCCCCACAGAUUUUGCAUUGCUGAGGAUAAAAAGGUCGCAACAUGAGGAUGUGCUAGAAGCGCUCAAGAAAUUGGAGUUUGUGAAGGAUGUCUCUCCACAGAUGCGCUUCACCCGAUCCUUGACAUCUGAAAAGAGUGAAGAUGAGCACGAAGGAUCGGAAGUAGCGCAUGAACAAUUUAAACCGAAAGACAAAGAGGAAUUUCUAGAGAGCAAACCUCCAGGCCGCCUACACACAAAGCUCUCUUUUGAAAGUGGAAUUGAGGAUGUAGUGUCUCCUGUCUUUUCAAACGUAUCUCUUGAUCACGGCCGCAAGCUUCUUUUGCAGCGGUCACAAAUCACAUCCAUGUUCGAAGCAGAGAAGCUUUGGGCCAAAGGAUUCACUGGUGCAAACGUCAAGAUGGCUGUUUUCGACACAGGUGUUCGUGCUGAUCAUCCUCACUUCCGCAAUAUAAAGGAAAGAACAAAUUGGACCAACGAAGACACAUUGAAUGACAAUCUAGGUCAUGGCACUUUCGUUGCAGGGGUGAUUUCCAGCCAAGAUCCUCAGUGUCUUGGAUUUGCUCCUGAUGCUGAAAUCUACGCUUUCCGCGUAUUCACUGAUGCUCAGGUAUCAUACACCUCUUGGUUCUUGGAUGCAUUUAACUAUGCCAUAGCUACCAAAAUGAAUGUCCUCAAUUUAAGUAUUGGAGGACCUGAUUACUUGGAUCUACCUUUUGUUGAGAAGGUAUGGGAAAUGACUGCAAACAACAUCAUCAUGGUAUCAGCCAUAGGCAACGAUGGACCACUUUACGGCACACUGAAUAAUCCUGCUGAUCAGAGCGAUGUAAUUGGAGUUGGAGGCAUUGACUAUAGCGACCAUAUUGCCUCCUUUUCAUCACGAGGCAUGAGCACCUGGGAAAUCCCACAUGGGUAUGGUCGUAUAAAGCCGGACAUUGUAGCUUAUGGACGAGAGGUGAUAGGGUCAAAGAUAAGCACAGGCUGCAAGAGUUUGUCUGGAACGAGUGUGGCCAGUCCAGUAGUCGCUGGGGCAGUUUGUUUGCUUGCCAGUGUGGUUCCUGAACAGUAUCGGUGGAAUUUGCUCAAUCCUGCCAGCAUGAAACAGGCCCUGGUUGAGGGAGCGUCACGUCUGUCAGGACCCAAUAUGUUUGAGCAAGGAGCCGGCAGACUGAACCUGUUGAAAUCUUAUGAAAUCCUGGCAACUUACAAACCUCGCGUGAGCAUUCUACCAAGUUCCCUAGAUCUUACAGAUAGUCCUUAUGCAUGGCCUUUCUGGCGGCAGCCUCUCUAUGCAGGGGCUAUGCCUUUAAUUUUCAAUGCAACGAUUUUGAACGGUAUGGGCCCCGUGGGUUACAUAGAGUCUGCACCUAACUGGGUGCCCUCUGGAGAUUCAGGAAGGCUGCUGGACAUACGAUACACAUAUUCAGACGUGAUCUGGCCUUGGACUGGGUUUUUGGGAUUAUAUCUCAGAAUUAAACCUGAAGGUAACAAAUUUCAAGGAACAAUAGAAGGAAAAAUCACAUUUAGGGUAGUUUCUCCUCCCGCGAAGGGGGAAAGUAGCAAACGCAGAUGGGAUUGCGAAUUACCACUAAUAGUUUCUGUCAUCCCUACACCUCCCCGAGAAAAGCGUAUCUUGUGGGAUCAGUUCCACAGUGUACGGUACCCACCUGGUUACAUCCCUCGUGAUUCCCUGGAUGUGAGGAAUGACAUAUUGGAUUGGCAUGGGGACCAUUUGCAUACCAACUAUCAUGGCAUGUUUGAUGCCCUUCGUGAUGCCGGUUAUUACGUUGAGACCCUUGGUUCUCCUUUGACAUGCUUCGAUGCUACUCAGUAUGGGACAUUACUCAUGGUGGACCUGGAAGACGAAUAUUACACUGAGGAAAUCAAGAAAUUGCAAGAUGAUAUUCAAACGAAAGGGCUUGGGUUGAUUGUUUUUGCGGAUUGGUAUCAUGUAGAUACUAUGGUGAAAAUGAAGUUCUUUGAUGAUAAUACUCGAAGUUGGUGGACUCCUGCGACGGGUGGGGCUAAUAUUCCAGCUUUAAAUGACUUGCUUGCCCCCUACGGAAUUGCAUUUGGAGAUACAAUACUGAAUGGUGCUUAUUCCAUUGGAGGGGAAAGAGCACAUUAUGCCUCAGGCACAGAUCUCUUACGUUUUCCUACUGGAGGCUUUGUUCACCGAUUCCUUUUUCAAGACAGCUCCGGCGGUCGCUCUGGCAUAACCUCAUCACGCAGUUCUGUGCGAGCUCAGGUGGAAUCUCCAAUUUUGGGAGCAGUGGAUGCAGGAAAAGGACGCAUUGCCGUGUAUGGCGACUCCAAUUGUUUGGACAGUAGCCACAUGGUGAGCAACUGCUACUGGUUGCUGAAGAAGCUAUUAGAUUUUACAAGUUACAACAACCAAGAUCCUGUCAUUUUUCCUGCGACAAACGAGUUAGGCUCUCCCCUCGGCAGUAUUGACUCACCGUUACCUCAGCGGCGUAGUGAUGUGGAUUUUAGUGCUUACUCUCUUGUUUUAAAAAAUCCUCUGCGAUGUGGCUUAGAUUCCCCAGUUGCAGUGCAUGGCUCUAAAGGCUACAUUUCUGAUCAGUCUACUAGAACUAUUAAAAUCGUACCGGAACCUAAGAAUUUUGGCGGUGGGCAUCUACAGCCCGAUGAAUUCAACAACACAUCGCGAGAUAGUGCAUCUCCUUCCACAUAUAGACCAUUUACAAAGAGUUUUCCAACUGAUUCAAAUAGGCAUUCAAACACAACAGCUUCUAGAUCAGGUAGCGAGAGAGAUCGGAUGUUAGAACCUGGUGGUUUUAACGCCACAAUGGUAUCGAGUGAAUCAAUCCUUGAGAUUCGGACUGCCAAUGUUUCGAAUUGGAAAGCCCAGAACAAAACUCAAGUGGCGCUCGGUUGGUGGGGCCGGGAUGAGCUGGAUCUCACCACACAGGCAGCUGUUCAAUGGCUGGCCCCAAUUCUUCUAUGUAUAACAGGAUUCGUACUCAUAUUUGGCCUUUGGCGCGUAAGGCAAAGGAAACACAGGCGUGCACGAAAGGGAUCAACACGGUCCUUAAUAAAUUUGUGACAAAUUUAAGAAGAAACACGGGUGCCAGCUCUCUACAAAAAAAGCUGUGCAACAAUGAUGGCAGAAUUGGCGAGAGUUGUUUAUUAGAACGCGUGAAAGCUGGUCGUGAACACCUGGUGUACAUCAUGAUUCUGAUGAGAUGAUUGUACUAAGGAAUGAGCAAUAAAUCUAAGAGCAAGUAUUAUUGCACUUAUGAGCUCAAGGUGUCAUAGGUCUCCCAAGGAAGUGAGAUCGUGUCUGACCUCCAUGCUGUAAGAGGACACUACUCAACAAGGAUGCAAGAGCUUCAACGAAGUCAUGUACAGAUUCUGCCGUGGGGACGUAUUUCAGUGGUACCUGUCAGAACCUCCAAAAGACUUCAACUUCAUUCACAGGAAAUUGGUCAAUCAGCAAUUUGUUUGCAAUAACUACCGCAUUGUGAAAAUAUUCAUAUAUAUAUAUAUAUAUAUAUUGAGGAAGUACCUAGAUUUCCAUUUAGUGAAGAAAAACUCUAAUUUGGAAGCUUUGGUAUCAAGAGAUAGUAUAAACUAAGAAGAGAUUAUGAAAUGAA